AUGGCUGAAACAGCGACCCCAACCUACCCAAGUGAAGACCCCACGUCGACCAACGCUCCAUCAGGGGCAGCCAACCUCGGGGAUGCGCACGCCACAGCAACCGACGCGCUGCCGUUGCCAGAAACACAGCGCAAAGUCGCAGACCACACGGUUUUAGACCGCCAUGGCAAAGAGCAUCUGUUCAAGAGUCUCUACAGCGGAGAUGCCGCUCGCGUGUUGGUUAUCUUCGUGCGGCACUUCUUUUGCGGGAGCUGCCAGGACUUCCUCUCCAAUCUAUCUCAGUCCAUCAAACCAGACGAUCUAUCGCGUCUACCAACCAGCACCUCCAUCGUCAUCGUGGGCUGCGGCGACCCAGCCCUGAUAGACAUGUAUGCCACCGACACGGGGUGUCCAUUCCCAAUGUACUCGGAUCCGACGCGCAAACUGUACGACGAGCUGGGGAUGACGCGGUCGCUGGCCCAGGGUUCGCGGCCCACGUAUAUUCGCAGGAGCUUCGUGUCGAUCGUGGGCCAGUCGAUCAUGCAAGCGCUGAGACAAAUCCCCAAUGGUUUGGCGACCAAGGGAGGUCCUUCCAACCAGAUUGGGGGCGAGUUUCUUUUUGAAGUGCGUGGGGAGGGUGGGGAGGGUGGUGAGAGGGGGAUUACUUGGUGUCAUCGCAUGGAGAACACGCGCGAUCACACUGAGGUAGCGGAUUUGGCGCGUCUGCUUGAGCUUCGUGGGGAUUAG